CAGAACGUCAAUAUUAACGGGAACAGUCACAAGUGUCGUGAUCGUGGUCACCUCCUCCCUCCUGUAUUCCCUCAUACUGAUCCGGGUAUGGAAAGGGCACCGGGAGGAGACGUAGUGUAGCUAUUAGCUGGACACGUGAGGAAGCAUGCUUGCUAUGAUGGAAUCACCAGGCAGUAAACGCAGAACACGAUGGUAUCACAUUGACAGCCAGGCAGCCUUGCUGGAGCGAGUAAAGAGCGAUCACAUCAUCUCAACUAGAUUCGCGAACGAAUACAAGAGACGGCGCACCGUUCUCAUACAGAGAAAAAAGAGCAGCUUUGGCUUCACUCUACAGACAUACGGAAUUCACCAUCCUCAUCGCAAUGAGCUGGAGGUGCUCACCUAUAUCGACUACGUUGAAUAUGGCGGCCCGGCCUAUCUCGCUGGCGUCAGACCAGGCGACGUCAUUUUGGCAAUUAACGGAACGAACCUGGAAGACGCGACGCAUGCGCAGCUCGUCGAAUUCAUACACGGCUGCGGAGAAUUCAUUAGAAUGGUGGUUCUUUUCGAAGACUGUGUAAGAAAGGUCGAGCUCCACAUGCGAACGAUUAAACUGAAGCAAAUACUGGCCGAGAAGACUCUAGAGUAUGAGCAGCUGUGUCAUGAGGAAGCCUCUAUCCUCGGAGAACAAUAUGAGAGCUCUCGUGCCACCGCUGAAUCAAUGGCGUCGGUGGUGUCCACCGCGGAGAGCUUUGGUUCGGCGUCUCAGUCCGAUUCACUGUCCAUCGUGAUGACGGAGCCACGCUGCGACGAGAGGCUACUCCCGGGCAGCCUCAGCGACUCCCUCAUCACUAAGUCCAGCUGCAGUCCCAGCGGCAGCGGCCGCACGAACCACUCGUUCGACUCGUCGCCCGGCAGCGAGCGCAGGUCGACGGCGACGACGGCGACAAUGACGAGCAGCGACGACGCGAAGGUGGAGCGGAGUCGCUGCUCGAGCACAGUGUCGCUGUGUCUGUGCACGCCGCGCCGGCUGCGCACGCACGCGUCCUACACGAAGCCGGCCACCGCAGCCGACUCGUGCGACUACAGCGACCUGGAGAGUUCCGGCAUGUCCGACACGUCCAGCACUACGGGGUCAGCUUACCCGUCCAGCAGCAGCGGCGGCGGCGGUGGCGUCGGCGGCGGCAGCGUCAGCGGCAUGGCCCGCUCGAAGAGUUCCACAUCCGUGUCGAGCGGCAGCGACACGGACAGCGUCACGCCGACGGCGACGAUACUCCGCCUGGCGGCGCGCGACGGCUCGCGGCUCGCCGGCAGGGUGGCGCCACCAUCGACCCGCAGCCUCACGCCGCUGUCGAAGUCGCCGAUCGGGAUCAUCCCGCCGAAUCAGCGCGAGAUCCGCGAAGCCCUGCAGAACCUGCGACCUUCGACCCCGCGCAGCAUGCAGCCAUGCAGGGCGAUGACGCGCAGCGUCACGAAGGCCGCGUCCGCUCCCAGCAGCGUGCGCGGCCGCCGCCUGCCACCGCCGCGCGCUCACCACAGCGAGCCCGAGAUGGACGACUCCGCCGACAGCGACGCCACCUGCCGGGAGCCGGCGGAUCGCGAGGCGCGGCGGUGGCGGCCGACGGCAGAGAGUCUCGCUUGCCGCUUCUUCGUCAACUCGGACUCGCGCAGCAGUGUCGGCAGCUUUGACCUGGUGUGCUGCGCUGGCGACGGCAGUGAGGCGUGCGGCGCGGUGGCGGCGUCGCAGCGGUCGCACAGCCACGCGCGAGAUCCGCGUGCCGGCGACGACGCGGCGUCCCACAGCGAGCUGACCGACUCCCGCGACGACGACGACGAACUGCCGGACACGCGCGCGAUCACGGAGAUCGACCGCAAAUUCCGUAAGGAGUUUGACAGCGACAUCAGAGCGACGAGCACGCCAAAGAGUAAGUGUAACGUGAGACCGCCGACGACAGAGACGACCUCGUCUCUCUGCACGGACGCCAGCUCCGCGUCCGGCGUCGACGAUCCGGCGGCGGCGAAGAGAGACUCGUGGGGGAAAUUCGUCUCCGAGUACCAGCUGAGCGUCGACUCGAGCUCCGAGCUGUCCUGUCACUACUUGCCGUCGCUCGACGAGGACGUCAGCGCGAACGUUCGCAGUGGUCACGGCGACAGGGACGACGUCGCCUCGUCGUGGUCACGCGCGACGUCGUCCGACUACGUCACCGCGUCCGGGAGCGCGCGCACGCUCACGUCCGGUGUCAGCAGCAGCGGCGGGUCCGCCGUCUCCCGCGUCGCCAGCGAGGAAGACUCGAGGCAGAGCGGUCUGCUCGCCGGCGCCAUGCGCACCCCCUACGAGUUUGCGCCUGGCAUAUACAGACCGGCGGUCGCCUCGCCCGCCGGUCUCGCGUCGCAGAGCGCCGGCGAGCCCGUGGGGCGGCUGAGCCGGCAUGCGGCGGCGGCAGCGGCCCACAGCUGGUUGCACCAGGGCAAGCACGGCGCGCGCAGACUGAGUCCGGUGAGCGCGGGCGGCGGCCAUCAUCACGUUCCCAAAAUGCACCACAGCUUCGACGACAUGCUAGAGGAGACUCGCGACGAGAGGCCCGUGGGGCGCCCUCUAUACCCGACCCGGGGAAGCGACGCACUGAAGAAGUGGCUGGACCAGCAGUUUGACGAUGGCAACGUUAAUGAGGAGGAUGAAGUAACUCACCUCUAG